GAAUAGUAGGUCAAUUGAUCGAUGUGGUGCAGCUUAGCAGACUUAGCUUUGCGAAGGAGAUGAGGGUGUAACUUUACUGCAUCAAGAAUUUGUAGUAUCAUAGGAUGUAGCCUGAUACAAUGGCAGGAAUGAAACCAGUUGGUACUGAUCCUUGGAGGAUACCAAAUGAAACUCGUGCAAAGUUUGAUGAGCAGUUCCUCCAGUUGAAGCCAGUCAAUGGCUUGAUAACCGGACAGCAAGCCAAAAGUUUAUUUUUACAAUCAGGACUUCCACCUCAAGUAUUGGCUUUGGUUUGGGCAUUAGCUGAUAUGAAUGCUGAUGGGAAGAUUGAUCAACAUGAAUUUGCAGUAGCAAUGCACCUGAUUCAACUCAAACUGAAGGGUUAUGAACUUCCAAAAACAUUACCACCAAGUCUCAGAAAUCCUACUAUUCCAAUCAGUUCUGGAAUUUCAACUUUCAGUCCAAUGACUUCUGUUGGGAUGAUUCCUCCCCCUUCCUCCAUGGGAAUGGUUCCUCCUAUGUCAACUGCCUCACAGGUGAGACCUUCAGUUGUGAAUGGUGGUAUGGGAAUUGGUCAAGGAGUGUUACCUGUAAUUCCAGCUCCCAGUGUACCCAUUGCUUCUGUAGCCUCAUUAGCUCAGGGAUUUGUUCGACCAGCUUCACCUGUGGAUGCGAAUCUACAGAGAUCAACUUCAGUGAGCAGUCAGGAUUCACCUACGGCUUCGGUCAGCAUGGGAGAGUGGAUGAUACCUCAAUCUUCCAAACUCAAGUAUACCCAAAUGUUUAACACCCAUGACCGAACUCGAAGUGGGUAUCUUACUGGGCCUCAGGCUCGAAAUAUCCUGAUUCAGACAGGUCUGCCACAUGCUGUCUUAGCCCUAAUCUGGAACUUAUCAGACAUCGAUUCUGAUGGGAGACUGUCAUGUGAAGAGUUUGUGCUGGCUAUGCACCUUGCAGACUGUGUUUCAGCAGGAGAAAAGUUGAAACCCACAUUACCACCAGAAUUGAUCCCACCAUCAUAUCGACGAAAUCGAUCAUCUAGUGUACAUUCCACUGGAUCGGCAACGUCUAGUCAGAAUCUUCUAGCCGAUCUGGGGUCUAUGAUGGGUGAAAUGAGGGAUGAAGACAGAGUCAAAUCACUAGCUACAUUUGAAGAUAGACGAAGGGAGAAUUUUGAGAAGGGUCAAGCAGAACUGGAAAAACGACGACAAGCUUUACUGGAAAUUCAAAGAAAAGAACAGGAAGAACGUGAAAGAAAAGAAAGGGAAGAACAAGAACGGAAGGAAAGAAUCAGGCAAGAGCAAGAGAGAAGACGUCAACUAGAACUUGAGAAACAACUUGCUAAACAACGAGAAAUUGAACAAGAGAAAGAAGAACAAAGGCGAAAAGUACUUGAACAGAGAGAGGCAGCAAGAAGAGAAAUGGAGAGGCAGCGACAAUUAGAGUGGGAACGACAGAGAAAACAAGAACUGAUGGCUCAGCGACAGAAAGAACAAGAAGCAGUGUGCCAUCUGAAAAACCACAGUAAAAACCUUACUUAUGAACUGGAACAGCUGAACAACAAAAUAAAUGAGCUGUCACAGAAAGUGUCAGAGACCAGAAAAGGUGUAACAGAUAUAAAAUCUUCCAUUGAUGACAUGAGAGUCCAGAGAGAUACUAAGCUGUCAGAAUUAAACAGUAUGAAGCAACAGAUGAAGGAGUUGAAUGAUAGACUGUUAGAUUUGAACCAGGAGAAAAUGCACACGAGUGGUCAGCUCAAAACUGCUUCACAAAACAAUCCAACAGCUGAAUCAUACAACAUUGUGAUGCACAGCUACAACAACAAACAAGCUACCCUGAACCAGUUACGAAGUACCCUUUCCAGCAUUGAGACUGAAACAGCUCAGAAACUUCAAGACAUAGAAAACAACAAUUCUGAAUUGAAGGAAUUAAAGCAACAAUUAGCUGAUAUAAUGAAAGCAAAUGGAAAGCUUCAACAGGUGUAUGAAGAAAAACGGCUAAAUGUUUUGCAGCUUAAAAAAGAAAAGGAUAGUACAUUUACUGAACCACAAGUACAGCAGAGUAUUCAACCUGAUAUGACAAGUUUUGAUGAUGUCUGGGGAAACAGUGGAGCAGAGUUUCAGGAUGACAACUGGGCUGAGUUCAACAUCACAACUGAAGUGCAAAAUGAAAAUACCACAACUGUUGCUUUGUCAGAUGCUUUGACAAGUUCUGAAGAGGAAUCUUCAAGUAUGAAAAAAUAUCGAGCACUUUAUGCCUUUGACGCUAGAAAUGUUGAUGAGCUAUCUAUCAUGCCAGGUGACAUCAUCAUGGUUCCCAUUGAUCAAAGUCCAGAACCUGGUUGGCUAGGUGGUGAGUUAAAGGGAAAGACAGGUUGGUUUCCCGAGUCAUAUGUGGAGUUAGUUGAAAGUCCCAUUGGAACUUCACAAACCAUUCAUAUCAUGGGAACAGAAAUGAAAAGGACUUUAGAGGGAAUAUCUGAGGACCCUGAGAAUGGGGUGGCUGCUCGAAAUGUGGGAGAAGAAUUGCCACGAGAUACAUUACAGCCAUCUAAGAACUCUUCGUUCACUCAACUGAAGACUGGAGUAUCAGGAACCUCUUCUCCUAUACCUGGACAAGGCCAAGCUGCUCCUGAAGGUCUACAGGCUCAAGCUCUUUUUCCCUGGAAAGCCAAAAAGGACAACCACUUAACAUUCAACAAAGGAGAUGUUAUCUCUGUAAAGGAACAACAAGACAUGUGGUGGUAUGGGGAAUUCCAAGAAAAGGUGGGAUGGUUCCCCAAAUCCUAUGUGAAGCUAAUUGCUGGACCGCUGAGGAAUCAAGAAAAUACUAUUCAGUCUCCUUCUGAAACUCUGACAGCAUUCGGGGAAGACUUUCAGACUGCAUUAACAGAAGAAGCUGAAUAUUUUGUAGCCAUGUACCCAUUCCAGUCCCAGGAGCCUGGAGAUUUAUGCUUUCAACAGGGAGACACCAUACUGGUAACCAAGAAAGAAGGGGAUUGGUGGACAGGAAACAUUGGAAACAGGAGUGGCAUCUUUCCUAGUAAUUAUGUCAGUAAAGUAGAUUCUGUACCAGUUGAGGAACCAACUAUUGAAUCAACUCACACAGAUGAAUUCAAACAGGAACCAAUUAUUAUUGAACAAACUCAUUCAGAUGAAUUGGACCAGCUCUCAACCACAGUCCCAUCUGACACCUUUUCAGCUUCAGUCACACCUUACACUGCAGAGGCUACAAGGUCAGACAGUCCUGCAGUUGAGAGUCCUAAGCCUAAGAAUACCAGAUCAUUGAAGAAACCUGAAAUUGUGACGGUUCUUGCUGCAUAUAAAGGGACAGGGCCUGAACAGUUAACACUGGACCGAGGUCAACUUAUCCAAGUUCGUAAGAAAAGUUCAAGUGGUUGGUGGGAGGGAGAAUUGCAAGUGAAGGGAAAAAAGAGACAAAUAGGGUGGUUUCCAGCUUCAUAUGUGAAACCGCUAGGGGGUAGUGGUGCUAGUAGUAACCGUAGUACCCCAGACAUUAUUCAACAGUUCAUUCGGCAGCAAGAGGUCAUACAAGACACAAAUAUAUAUCAGCAAAGUCCAGAAAAAGUGGUAGCUUUGUACCCUUUUACACAGCAACAUGAGGAUGAACUAACAUUCCAAAAAGGUCAAGUAAUAAUUGUUAUUAACAAAGAUGACCCAUCUUGGUGGAGAGGUGAAAUGAAUGGAAAGGUUGGAUUAUUUCCUUCAAAUUAUGUGGAACCUAUUGCAAAACCAAGCUCAGUGACACCAACACCAGGACAAUGAAGGAGAGAGAGAAGUGGAUAAUUAAUUGUUCAGCGGGCAGCCCUGGACCCACUACCAUACACCAGUUACAGAUGCUUGCUUCAGUGAUCACAGCUGCUGUGGUCUAUUUGUCUAUUAUUUCUGUGUUACUGAGAGUUGGCUGUACAAUUCUAGUGUAGCUCUUAGUAUUUCAUGAUGUAUGUUAGUUAUACCUAUGCUGUGUUAUUUCAUUGUUUAUAUAUAUAUAUAUGGAAUAGUUACUUUUUGUUGUGUGCUAAAACACAAGAAGCAGAGAUGUUUCAUAAUUUUGUGUGAUUGAACUUAGAAUAUCUAAUAUGCAUUCUGUGUUUGCAAAAUUGUAUCAAGUUAUAUUGAAUCAUUUUAUGUAGCUUAAGACUUCUCUUGAGAAAAAUUAUUCAGCUGUGUACCUUUUUUUUUUGUAUAUUCCUUUCCUGUAGAAAGUGUUACAAAUGAACCAACCAUUCUUUUGUCUUGCCAAACUAUAUACCUGUCUGUAUAAUGGUAGGAUACUAAACAGGUGUUUUCAUAUAGUACUUCAAUAUAAGUCUGUUUUUGUAGUUUAUUCUGUGUAUUAUGUUCAAUCCAUCAUUAAUGUGUAACAUUAUUCUCAUCUGGUUUAGUGAUGUCUGAUAAAACUUACUUUAAUCAUAAUGAAUAAUAGUCAUUAUAAUCUUCUGAAAAUUUACAAAUAAAAUAGAUGUGUGUGUGUGUAAUAAAGGUAGACAUGUUUGUAUUACUGUAGAACAAUUUAUGAUGAGUUAUUCAGUAUUAUUAAAUAAAAUCAGCAAAGGUGGUUUGUUCAAAGACACUUUUCUUCACAUUUUUCUUUUAGAAGCAAUGUAUGUUUUAAGCUGUGAUAGCAAGGACAGAGGAGUUUUAACAUGAAUCUCAAAUGAGAAAAUUAGGUUUUCUAAACAUCAACUUUACUGAUAGUAUUUUCGGGUAUAUCAGUAUUGUUAGGCAUUACAUACUGAGGUUACGCUUCAAGUUGUAGCAUAUAAUAUACCAGUAGUAUUAUGUAAUGCAUAACAUAUAAUAAGGUAAUUGUAAUUUCUUUAUAGCCACAUAGAAAAGCUAAGAUUAACUUUGUUGUCUGAUAUACUUAUAAAGGAACACUUCAGUAUUCUAUACUUCACACUAUAUUAUCCAAACUGUUUAUUUCAACACAUCAAAUUUAUUAAGUGUUAAGUGCUGGACACCAAAGAAUGAAAUAUAUUUUUAUGCUUUCUACCUGUGGCACUUGUCUAAAGUAUAAUCUGUCUUCUCAAGUUUUAUUGGUCUUUCUUAUUUUAGUGUGUAUCUUUCUAGAUAUAUUAAGUCUUAAUUAUGUGUGUGUGUGUUAAAGUUCUUUUAAUUGGUAAUUAAGUUGCAGUACAUUUUAUUAUAUUCUAGAUUUCUAUGAGCUUGUGCCUAAGUUGGUAUUAUAGAAGUCUACCAGAAUUAAAGCUGGUAAGAUACUUAAUGAAUUAGGUGCUUUUUUUAAGUUCCUGAAGUUUAUUAGAGUAUAAUAGAAUAGGUAAGAUAGCUCUGCUAUGCCAGCCUUUGAUUUUGCAUGCUUCUCUGGUAGUGGGUCAAGGGUAGCCAAGCAGCUGAAUGGUAUGGUCUGUUUAUUUUGUCUUGGUUUUUCUUUAAUGUGGUCUAGUUUAAACACUAUUACCAUUUUUGUGUUUUGGGUUUGUUAUAUGACUACCCUUGAACCACUACUUGAUACACUAAAUUGGUUCAUCUACAGAAUUUUUGCCUGAGGCUUUAGUGUACCUAGUGUUAAGUUAUCUUUAUUGUGAAAUUACUUAGGUACACAGCUAAUUUUAUCUUAUCAUUUUUAUCAGGUCUGUUGCAUCAUUAAGUUGUAAAUACAUAUACAUAAUUCUAGGUUUAAUACAACUUUAAUGCUAGAUGAGUCUUGUUCUGAAGACCUGUAUGAUAUAUUCAAAUUGUUCUUUAGGCUUAUACCAACACAUUUCCUGAGAUCUAUAAUAUAUGUGGCAAAUGAUUGAAUUUCACAUAUUUUCAUUCCUGAGUUUAAUAUUUGAAAACAAGAAACAACUAAUGAAAAGAAUAUCAUAUUUAUUGUCAUUGUUUUAUUUUUGUAAGAACCUACUUUAUAAUCUUUUUUCAGAGCUCUGAUUUUAACUGUAUAACUUAACCAGUGUAUCGUAACAUAAUUAAAAUUUAUUUAGUUAAUCUCUUGUAUUGUAAUGUUAAAAGUUAAUAAAACACCAUGCACUAGUUAAAAUGUGUAAAUUAUCACUAGUUAACUUGUGAUGUUCUAAAAUUGAGAUACCUAAAUACCUACUAAUCAGAUAGAACAGUCAUUAGUAAAAAUUGUUAGGUACACUUACUCACUGCGCAGAAGUCCUGAAACAUUAAUUUCACACACAGGUAAUAUUAAAAUUUAAAAAAAAUCCUUACUACUAUGUAGUUUUGAUUUGCUGAAAUUUAUAGUUACACAUUAACACACUACACUAGAACUUUCUGAAUGUUGCAUUAUAAUGAUAUUAGUAUUAUUAGCUUAAUGCAGCUUAUAAACAACCUUAUAACAUCAAAUUUAUUUUUUUGAUUUGACUCUCAACAUUUUGCUUUAUGAUUUAUGUUUUAGUGGAAUGCUUCUGAAGAAGCUGUAAAGCUAAAUGUUGAGAGCCCGAUUAAAGAAAAGUAACAAAUUUGAUAGUGUAAGGUCAUUUAAUACAGAUAUUAAAAUGUCUUUUAUUCACCAAUAUGCAAUACAUAAAUUUAAAAAAAUUUAUUAUGCUAAUAUAUUUAGACAGCUUGAGCUAUCUCAUUAUAUACAUUCUUCUGGAAUUACAUCUCCAAAUAUUUCUGCUGUCUUUAGAUAAAAAAAUAUCUAACAUAAUGACACAGAAAAUCAUUGAAAAUUUCAUUAUUUCUGUUGGAAAGUUACUAGCAUUGGAAUAUAAUUAUCAGCAGAUAAGGUUUUGAAAUUACUAUGUUUUAAUGUUUGUAUUUUAAUAUAAUGUAUUCAAGAUCUAGAAUAUCUUAUGUCUUCAGGAAUUUUAAAGAAAACAUUAAAAGCAUCUAUUUUGAAUGGCCCCUAGACUUAAAUUGUGAUGAGUUGUCAUUUUAAUAUGUUUGAGUAAGAACCAAAUUAAAUGAUAUGUUUCCUAACCAGUUGGAUUAUUGUAAUAAAAAGCACCAAAGUAGACUUAUUAUCGCUAUACUAUUAUCACCUUAUAGCUGUUGCAAGUUUUAAAGGUAGCCCCCCCAUCAACUUUCAACAAUGACACAUUACAAUGAAUUGGGCAAUUCAUAAUGGAUAAUGCCCACAAAUGGUUCAAAUACCUCACAAAGCCAGUGUAGACACAGUCAUACUCAAGAAAUAGCUGUUUUAAAGUACAGCUUAUUCGGUGAGAAAACACAUUAGUGAUGAAGCCAUGUAUUUGGUUAGAAAUUAUUGGGUAAUAGCAUUUCUCUAAUAUUGGUGCUUUAUAUUGUACUUAAGGCUUGGUUGCAUAAUUAUAAAAUAUCCAUUUUGUAAAACAAGCAUUUGUAAUUGCAUGUCUUAGUACCCAGUGGUUGCAUCCUUACAUUGAGACAUUUGGCCGAUGAAGCAUUAGAUCAGAAUAUUUUUUAAAAGUCAGUCUGCAACUUUACAUUAAGACAAGUGACAUAUUAAGUCAGGAUAUUUUUAUAACAAGGCUGUAUCUUCACAGUCAUACAGUUAACUUUUAUUUUAAUAUUCUGUGUGGAAGAAGAUAAAGAAUAACCUCAGAAUUUUAUGUUUCCAUAAGGAACAAUCAUUAAUAUACUAUAUUAAAACAUUUUUAACAUGUUGCAUAAACACACAUUCAUAGGCACUGAGUAUAAGGGAAAUAACUGUUCGUAUGUGCUUUUGAUUAUACUAAUAUAGUAGGGGAUUGAGAAACUGAAGUUGUUGAUAGACACAUCACAUUCUUUCAUUCUAAGAUAGCCCUGUGUUACCAAUAAGAAUGAAUUGUUAUAUCUAAAUAUAGGCAUAGCUUUGUCACCUGAUACCUCUAUUGGUGGUUGCACAUAAUGGUUGUUAGAGGUCUGAAAUGAACAGUUAAUGAAAUUGUAGAAUUAUUCAAAUAAAUGUAUAAGAAGAUUAUGAGUUGUAAUUUCUAACCAUACACAUGUUUUUAGUUAUAAGAAUUAUUAUUUUCAAAGCCUCAACUAAAGUUUAAAAUAAAAUUACAUACAUCCUAAUAAAAAGCUGUUCCUUCAAGCAUAUUGAACAAGAACUAUGCUGCAUGUUUUAGAAUUAUGAUAGAUAAAAUUACUAAAACACAGUUUAUGGUAUCGGUGACUUAGCUGUUAACAAUACUAUUAUUAUUAGUGAUGGUAAUUAUUUGCUGUCUUCUAAAAACUGUUCAGCAACAGUGAAUGAAUUUAAUGCAUGCCAGUCACAUUCUAGAAACAGCUCUUGUUAUCAUUAAAUAACUGCUGUGUCAGUAAUAAUUGAGAUUUAACUAUAAUUUCUAGUUUACCUCUCCCCCUUUUAGGAAAAUAUUUAUGGCUGUAUGUCAGUUUUUCUCGUGCUGUUUAGAAGUAAUAUUUUUACAGACAGUUUUUAUUUUUUAGCCUUCUAUGAAAUUUACUUUGUUUGAUUUGUUAUUAGAAAAGUUAGUACUAAAUUUACAUAAGAUAUUUCUUUUUCUUUUUUUUUGCCUCGGUUACAAAAUGGUUUCUUAUGUGCAUGAAAUUGAAUUGAAAAGAUUAAAAUAUUUUUAUGGUUCUUUACUGUUCUAAUAACCUAGAGUUGAAGGUUUAAUCAAUCUUUGCAGAUUGGAGAAUUUUUGUUGUGUAUAAAAAUUGAUGAAAAAGGAUUAUAUAAUAGGACUUAUUUUUCUUGCAUAAUCUGAUAAAAAGGAAUGCAAAUAGAUAAAGAAAACAUUGUUAGAUCAAAAACAAAUUUCAGCUGCUUGGAAAAAGAACUACUAUAAAAUCAUUGUCUCUUAUUAUUGUUAUUAGAGAUUUUUAUCAUAUUUACUGUUACCUUUAUCUUGUGUACAUGUGGCUUGUUUCCAGUAAACAUCUAACUAUAACUGAA